UAAAUCUUGAUAAGAUACAAGCCAGUCCAAUUGAUAUAAAAGCCAAUAGCGAGAGAGAAGCUUUCUCAUCUCAUCGACUUCCAGAACGAUGGCAGUGCCCAAAAUCAAAUUUAACAACGGACUUGAAAUUCCCGCUUUUGGGCUCGGCACGUGGAAGUCCAAGCCGGGCCAAGUGGAGGCAGCUGUGGAGGCGGCAAUCGACGCCGGCUAUAGGCACAUCGACUGCGCUCACAUUUACGAAAAUGAGAACGAGGUCGGCGAUGCCAUUGCGAAGAAAAUCAAAGAGGGUGUCGUCCGUAGGGAGGAUCUUUUCAUCACCAGCAAACUAUGGAACACCGAUCACGACACUGACAGAGUGGUGAGCGCGUGCCGCAAGACUCUGAGACACCUUAAGCUGGACUAUCUGGACCUGUACUUGAUCCACUGGCCGAUGGCUUACAAGGGUGGCGACGCUCUAAUGCCCAAGGGGCCCGAUGGCAAAGUCGAGUACAGCCAGGUUCACUUCACCACUACUUGGCUCAAAAUGGAGGAGUGCGUCCGGUUGGGACUGACCAAGUCUAUUGGCAUCUCUAACUUUAACAGCGUCCAAAUUGACGAGUUAUUAAAGGUUGCCACCAUUCGUCCUGUGACCAACCAGGUCGAGCUGCACCCAUACCUGCCUCAGGUCAAGUUGCAGAAAUUCUGUGCCGAUCGCGGUAUUGUUUUGACCGGGUACUCUCCUCUUGGCUCACCAGACAGGCCGUGGGCCAAGCCUGGUGACCCCGACCUGUUGAAUGAUCCGCGAGUCAAGGCCAUCGCAGAAAAAUACAAGAAAUCGUCAGCCCAGAUCCUGCUCAGAUAUCAAAUUGAAAGAGGAGUUUCAACCAUUCCGAAAUCAGUAACACCGGCACGCAUCAUUGAAAAUUUCAAGAUAUUUGAUUUUUCGCUGACAAAGGACGAGGUUGACACUCUCACCUCAUUUGAUUGUAACGGUCGUCUUUGCGGACUGGACAGUGCAUCUGAUCAUCCUCUUUGGGGAUUUAGAAUCGAGUAUUAAACCAAUCCGUGACAACCAGCACUUGUUUUGAACGAAUUUUAAUAAAUUUAGGCACUAAGCUCCUCCACAAA